AGUAAACAAGUAGAACCCCCCAAAGCAUAGAUAGGGUCAAAGUAAAGUGAUCAUCUAUCAUGGCUUAUGCAACUGAAGAUAGGCUAAGCAACUCCAUAAAGUUUGGGCCUCUCACUUUGCGGCAUAAAACAAAAAUGUUUCGAGAUCCAAAAGGGAAGGUUUACUACUUUAACAUCACUGCUGAUGGUAAACUCCAAUGCUUUGAAGAUGAGGAGCACACAAAAUUAAAAGAACAGCGAAAAAAAGAGGAUAUCAGUGGUGUUCAACUCCUAGAAAAACAUAAAGAUUUAUGCACUCAAUUCAUAGUGCAAUUCAAUGAGCGGAAAGAAUUUUGGCUAUUGGAGUCUUCAAGUGAAAAAGAGAGAGCAGAAUGGGUACAAGCUUUUACAUCUAUUUCCCAGCCACUACAAUAUCCUUAUCAGCUGCACUACAUUUCCAAACCUGUGCGUUCUGAACAUCUGCACCAGGAGAUGACAGCUAAUGCUCAAUUUACCAACUGUCCUUACCCUAUUGUUGAAAAUCCUUUAUUACCACCAGUGCCAGUUUGUGGAAGGCUUGAUGAUGCAGUGUCGUAUCAUGAUGCCAAACAUAGCGAACCCAGUUUCCUGCAGCCAGAGCUGAUUGAAUCAUUAGAUUCACAUUAUAGCACAAUACAUGAAUUACCAGAUAAUUCAGCCUUAAAAGUUAAUGUGGAGCUAUCUGAUUCAAAGCCAAGCUUGGAAAUGAAAGGGACCAAAAAAAGCUUUGGAAGCAUCAAAGGAGCUCUUAAGAAACGUAUGUCUAUGUCUAAACUUUCAGAAACACCAUUUCAUUCAGCAUCAAUAAAGACCAUCCAAGUCUUAUUGAAUAACACAUCAAUAGAUCCGAAUGCAAAGGAUGACAAUGGUUACACUGCUCUUCACUGGUAUGUCAUAAAGCCUCGUAAGCAUAGACAUGAGCUGCUGAUGCGAUGUUUAGAGAGUGGACGCCACUUUAAUAUUGAUGCAAAAGAAAAUUUUGACAAUACUGCACUACACAUAGCAGCUGAAAGAAAUGACCUUGAAUAUGCAAGAAUUCUUGUUGCAUUUGGGGCGCAAAUGUAUCUGAAGAACAGCCAAGAAAAGUUCCCCUACAUGUUAGCUCCAGCUGAAUCUGAAACAUUCAUGUUUCUGUCUUCCUUUUCAUGCCCUACGAUUGAUGAAAAAAUCUAUUUGAAACCACCAGUACAUGAAAUGAAAAAGCUAAGUGAAGCAAUGCUUAGGGAAAUGAAAAUAGGAGACAUGAUGCAACCUCACUUAAUGUCCACCCUAGUACACUUGAUUGAUGAUGAGAUAAUGAACAUGGAGAGAGCACCUUAUGUUAAAAACAGUGGUCAUCAAGCAUCGGGCCAGGCUUCAGAGUACUAUGCAUUUAAAAAGCAAAGAGAAUAUUUAAACACUUGGAGAGAAACUGGAGGGAAUAGGAUAUUAUUUUUAGAUGGGGGAGGUAUAAGAGGCAUGGUGCAGAUUGAAGUGCUCAUGGAGUUAGAGAGACGAACUGGCUGUAAGGUUGUAGAGCUUUUUGACUGGAUCGUGGGAACUAGUACUGGAGGACUACUGGCAUUAGGCCUAGUAUAUGCUAAGAAAUCCCUUUCAGAAAUGAAGCAGAUAUAUUUUCAAAUUAAAAAUAAAGUUUUUGUGACUGGUUCAAAUAUUGCUAACACUUACAUGAGCAUGAAUUCAAACUCACAAAAUAUGGAGGACAUACUGAAGAAUGAAUUAGGAGAUACUCUAAUGAGCAGUAUUCAAAAGCCAAGGGUUAUGAUCUGUACUGUGAAUAAGGAAUUUGUCCCCUUGAAGGUCCAAUUCUUUAAUAAUUUCAUGACUGAGCAUGAAGACCUCACAAAUGUACCAGUUUGGUAUGCCGCCAGAGCUACCAGUGCAGCUCCAAUAUACUUCACACCUUUACAAAACAAGUACAUUGAUGGCGGAGUUAAGGCAAAUAAUCCAUGCCUGGAAGCAAUGAGAGUGAUCAAAGAAUAUGAUCAGUUCAUGGGUCUAUCAGAGAGGCAUUUCUUAUUAACGGUCUCUAUGGGUACAGGAAUGUAUGCAGACAAAGCAGUGGGAGGAGAUGACUUAGAAAAAGGUCUACCACUAAUUAAGCAUGUGAAGCAUCUAAAACAGCUGGUCAAUUUGUUUAUUCAAGAAUUAGGAAAUGCAGAGUCAAAUGCACAAACAUUUUCCAUUAUGUGCCAAACUGCAAGAACACCCAUUCCUUGUUUUCGAUUUAAUCCCUUACUUGAAGAGGAGGUCUCAUCAAGUGAGAUCAAUGACAAAAAAAUUGUUGAAAUGAUUUUGAAGACAAAAAUUUACUUGGAAAAAGAGGAAACAAAAGAAAAACUAGAUGAUCUUGUGUGCAUUUUCAGACAGAUAGCAAGUCAAAGUUUAUGAGUUGAACUGAAAUGCAAAUUUACCCACUACUCAGUUUACUUGUUAUGGCUGCAUUUUUGUAAAACAAUGAUUAUAAUGACA